AUGAAACAUUUUAUCGUUUUUCUGAUUAUGUUCAUCAUCAUAAACUGUUAAGGAUAAUCUUUAGAGCAAAAUAUAAGAUAACGAUAUCAGAAGAAGUAGCUUAUCCAUUAAACGAUAUUUACAUAAAAUUAGUAUUAAACCCGACUAUUAUAAUAAGAUCAAGAUGAUUUAGUUGAACAUUAACAAAAAAUAUAGGAUGGUGAAAUGGUUGAACAGCACGACGAUUAGAGGAUUAAAGUGAAGAAAAUUGUUAAAAAGAGAAGGACUAUCCUCAAACCUAUACCAGCUCCAUAUAAUGAGAAAGAAAUUCAUAGAAGAAAAAGAAAGGUCCAUAAAAAAGUUUAAAAGUGCAAAAAAAUAAUACAGGAUUGA